AUGGAGUUGGAGAUGAAGGAGAAUAAUGAGAAGCUUCCCCUGCUCAUGACAGUGCACGGCAACCAUCCCUCUAGACAGUCCUUCUACAGUCUGGUCGACCGGCAGUGCAAGAAAACUCAACUUCCCAUCCUAAUCCCAAAGCGCAUAAUAGGCUCCGGUCACGGCUGGCUCGUCCUUGUGAACAUCCUCACAGGAAAAUCCUGCCUGUGGAACCCAGAAUCAAUGCGCCAGGUCAGCCUCCCCUUCCUUCGCGACGCGCACAUGUACAGCCGAUGUGUCCUGACUGGGCCCCCGACCGAGCCCGACUGCCACCUCAUCUUCUGUUCCCUCAACGAAGAGGAGUGGACCGUGUUCCGAGUCAGGGACUGCACCACCGUCAGUUCGCCACCUGGAGAAGUGCAGAUCGCUGCCAUGGCCUCCUACCGAGGGGAGAUGUACGGUUUAGUCGACACAGACGACCGUGGAUUCGAGUUUGUGACCGUCCACGUGGUCGAGGGAGGGUUAGAGUUUAGACCGUUGUUGGACGAGUUGGGUCGAACCGAAAUGAUUGAAAGAUAA